AUGACGGAACAGAAUACUGUUGUCGGAUUACUGUCGGCGACAUUAGCCACCGCGCUUUAUGGGUCUUGUUAUGUACCAGUACGAUGGUUCGAAGCUGGUGACGGGAUGUACUUCCAAUGGUUGGAUGUGCAUAGGCCAACUGAUGCAGAGCGGAGAUCGGGUGUUGUUGUCGUGUUAUCGCGUUCACUGGCUGACGCAACAUAUAUCAUUCGCACGAUUGGGUCGGAAUGUGGGCUUUUGCUAUAG